UCUUCAUAUCUCGAAAUUCUUGUUAAGUCGAAAACUUGCUAUCUCGAAUUUUUUUUGGUUUCCCUUGACAUUCGAGUUAUCAAGGUUCUACUGUAUAAACCUGUCGGUGUGUUGUAUUACAUCAUUUCGCAAACAUGUUCAAAACAAGUUCAAUCGUUAUCCUGUUGCUCGGCGUGUGUCACCUGAACGCCUUAUCAACACGUAUCAUCGAAGGUGAAGACGUGGAUAUUACUGAAGUACCAUGUCAGGUAUCCCUUCAACAUGUCAAUGGCACCCACUUCUGCGGAGGAUCAAUCCUGACCAACAAAUGGGUCCUCACUGCUGGCCAUUGUAUGGACAGUGACCCUUCACCCAUUGAUAAACACGUAGUUAUUGGAAUGUCUAAACUAUCCGAAGGAGGUGUUAUUCACACCAUGAAACGUUCAAUUCAACAUCCUCGGUAUUAUACCGUCGUUGGCUACAGUCAUGAUAUGACCCUAGUUGAAUUGGACAAACCAAUUGUAUUUAACGACCGUGCACAACCAGUUCGUAUACCCAGCGAUGAAGAAACUCCUCCAUUUGGGGAAUAUUGCACUGUUCAAGGUUGGGGACGUCUUGCAGAGCUGGGGGAUCUCUCAGACCAGUUACAGAAGACCACCCUACCACUUUGGAAUCCUAAGGAGUGCCAAAAGUACUGGGGUUACCCAAUGGAUUUUGAUGGCCCUGAUGCUCCUUUCAUGUGUGCUGCCUGGAAGGACGCCGUUCCUAAUACCUGUCAUGGUGAUUCAGGUGGUGUUCUAACCUAUAAUGGUGUACAAUAUGGGAUUGUGUCGUUUGGAGUAAAAUGUAUUACUCCAUCUUAUCCUCAGAUUUAUACCCACGUGUAUAACUUGAGAGAUUUUAUCUAUAAUUAUACAAAUAUAGAAAUCUUAUGAUUCUUAUCAAAUGGUUUUCACACUGAAAGUACGAGUAGGAGAAACAAUAGAUGAUAUUAAUAGGAUAUCGAUUAAAUCUAAUCAUUGUUCAAGUGUUGUAAAAUACUUUGAUCCACAUUUGUAAACUACUUGAUAAUACAAAUUAUAACAUUGA